AUGUCGUCCGCGGUCGUCUUCCGCCGCGUGCGCUCGCGGUCCUCGCCGGGGCGCUUCGACUCGACGCGGCGCACGCGGCCGCGGGUGGAGGAGGCGGAGCGGCCGGCGGGCCGGGGCGAGGAGAAGGCCGACGUGGUGUCCGCGCUGCCCGACGACAUGCUGCUGGAGGUCUUCAGGCGUCUCCCUCCGCCGACGGGCGCCGUCCGCUGCGGGGCGGUGUGCCGGCGCUGGCGCCGCGUCGUGUCCCGCGCGCCCGGCCUCCCCGCCCCGCCCCGCCAUUUCGGCUUCUUCCGCAACCACGGCCCGUCCGCGCUGCCGCCGUUCGUCCCCACCGCGGGCGUCGCGCUCGGCCUCGGCUUCCUCCCCGUGUCGCCCGCGUGCGGCGUCAUCCUCGUCGACUGCCGCGGCCACCGCCUCCUCCUGCACGAGCUCGGCCGCCAUCUCGCGACGGAACUCAACCUCCUCGUCUGCAACCCGCUGGAGAAGACGUUCGUUCGGCUGCCGCCCCUCCCCACCGCCGGUCAUACGGUGUUCUGCCACACCAUCGUCCCGGGGGAAGGAGCAGAGUUCCGCGUCCUCGUCGUGCUCUUCGGUGCGACCUCCCCCAACUUCUAUAUUCUCAUUUACUCUUCUGCUUCGUCUGCCUGGGAGGUCGCCACCGGCGCGCUGAAGCGGCCCCUGAUGCCCGAUCGAGGCCCCACCGCCGUCGUCGGGGACGUCGUGUACAUGCUACCGUCCGAUGCCAACCCCAAAUACAUUCUGUCUGUCAACACGGCCAAGAUGACCAUGUCUGGGGUGCCGCUCCCCAACGCCGAGAUGCCCCUCUACACCGGCAACAACUGGAUCGGCAAGACAGAGGACGGCCGUCUCUGCUUCUUUGCAAUCCGGGAGCCCCUGCUUCUGGUGAAAUGGGUGCUUGACGCUCCAAGGACGUGGACGCCGCAGGAGCCGGUGUCAUUGCGGCAGCUGAUGACCCCAGCCACGGUGGGGGACCUCCACGGCAUGAAGCUCUCGGCCAGGAUCGGCGAGCAGAUAAGCAACGGGUGCAAGCUUGUGAGCUUUGGUGGGUUCUGCGAGGGCACCGGGACAUUGUUCUUCGUCAUGGCUGACCGGGUGGUUUCGCUUGACAUCAAGACGUUCAAGAUGGAGAGGCUAUGGCGUAACGACGACGAGUGGAGGCCCCUCGGCGACGUCUUCCCGUACGAGAUGGUGGCGUGGCCGCCGGCGCUCAAGGACCUGGUGAAGCCUCCGGUGAAUGCAUAG